AUGAAAUUGGAAAAAUGUUUAAAGGAUUAUGAUGCUAACUCAAAUCAAUCACCUAUUGUUAUACCCCAAGUGCCUAUUGUCUUUCCACAACCGCCUAUUGUUCCACCUCAAGCGCCUAUUACUCCCUCGUUGCAAGUUAACAAAAGGAAUCAAGAUCAAACCCCCGAAUUGCAAAUAUCAGGUCAUGCCAAUCAAGAGUUCCUGAAUAAAUUACCGCUGUGUGAUACUCAACGUUUUAAUUGUAAACAAGUAAAUAACCUAAAUGAAACAUCAUUAUUACCGCAGCACGUUAUGACUCCGCGCCAAUCUUUGGAAUCAAAUAGUCCCCUUUUAUCCAACAGAUCGAAGAAAUUUUUAGGAAAAAUUCCAAAUGGUCACAGACACGGUUUAAAUCAAUCUAAAACCUCAAAUCUGGAAACAUUAUUACCGCAGCACGUUAUGUCUCCGAAUAGUCACAAACACGGUAUAUAUCAAUCUAAAACCUCAAGUCUAAGAGAUUUUACUCAACCUCAACGUAAAAUUGCUCCUUUUCGAAAGAGCCCUGCCAAUUAUCGACCCCCGCGUAUUGUCUUGGAAAAACAAUCUAUGGAAUGGGCAGUUUAUCUACAAUUUGUGAGUCAAAUGACUCACAAAUCAACACUAGUAUAG